AUACUCUUCCUUACUUGUCAUGAACGCUGCCCCAAGGAACUCCGCCUUUCUCCUGCGGAUUGGUGCUGCGGUGUGUAGGCUACACUGUGCUCUGUUUUGAGAUCUUCCUCUUUCUAAUCACGAGCGGCUUCUGCAGCUGCCCCACAGUCUGUCGGAAUCUCCGACGAAUCGACAUUCUUCAAACUUCAAACUUAACGAUGAGAAGUUUUACGGGUAUGGUGCGCCUACUCUGUGUGGCCUGGUUGCUGGGUCCUCUCUCUGCCUCCCCAGCAGCCUUUCGCCCGGGCAGUGUACAGCGCACACUCCCUCCUCUCAAUAAGCUGCCCUUCCUGACCGUGUGGAAUGCACCGACGGCCUCCUGCAGUAGUCGCUAUGGCGUGGACCUGGACCUGAGCGUUUUUGACAUUGUGGCCAACCAUGACCAGGUCUUCAUGGGACCCAACAUCACCAUCUUUUAUGAGAAGCAGUUGGGGUUGUACCCAUACAUCACGCCCCAAGGAGAGGCCAUAUACGGAGGCAUCCCUCAGAACUCCAGCCUGAAGGACCACAUGUGGCAGGCUGACACGGACCUGCGCAACUACAUGCAUGACCGGCUCUUCCACGGGCUGGCCAUCAUCGACUGGGAGCGCUGGCGGCCCGUGUGGGAUCGCAACUGGGACAGCAAGAGCAUCUACUGGGACGCCUCCCGGGCGCUGGUGAAGGGGCGCCACCCGGACUGGGACCCCGAGCAGGUGGAGCGGGAGGCACGGGCCCAGUUCGAGAGCGCUGCGCGGGCCUUCAUGGAAGACACUUUGAAGAUGGUGACCCGAGAGCGGCCCGGCGGGCUGUGGGGUUUCUACGGUUUCCCCUGCUGCUACAACAACGGGUACAAGAACCUGACUACUAACUACACGGGGGAGUGCCCCCCGUUGGCGGUGAGCCGUAACGAUGGCCUGUUCUGGCUGUGGAACGCCAGCACGGCACUCUACCCAGAGAUCUACCUAGAGCUAUGGCUGAGGGGUCGGGACAGAGAGGUGCUGCUCUACUCCAGGCACAGCGUGCUGGAGGCCAUGAGGGUGAGGGAGAAGGUCACCCCCAUCCCCCCACCUGUGGUGCCCUAUGCACGCAUUACCUAUACCUACUCUCUGGACUUCCUCUCUGAGGAGGAUCUGAUUCACACGAUUGGGGAGAGUGCUGCUCUCGGGUCUGCUGGAGUUGUGCUGUGGGGAGACGGCACUUAUGCUGCAUCAAAGACCUCGUGUAACACAGUGAAAGCCUACGUGGAUGAGGUGCUCGGCCACUAUGUGGUGAACGUUACCACGGCGGCCUACAUGUGCAGCCAGAACCUCUGCCACGGCAACGGCCGCUGUCAGCGCCGAGACCCCACGUCUGGGGCCUACCUCCACCUGGACCCAUCUGCUUGGAGCAUAAUCCCCAGGAGUCAGCGUGCUGCGGGGACCCGCACCCAAGGACCAGCCUUCAGGGCCCAGAGGAAGCCAGGGCCCUCUCAGGACAAGGCAACCCAGGCUCAGUUACUACCUUUCAAGUGCCAGUGCUUCCCAGAGUGGACAGGGGAGCACUGCUCUAUCAAGUGGAUGACCUGACUGAGUAACACUGCACAAGAGGCAGAGAUGGUCACAGUGAGAGUGAUAUGAGAUUGCGUUAUACUAAUGUGUAAACUUGAAUCUUACUCAAAUCUUACUAAGUUCCAUAAGCUCAUAACGUUGUCUCACUUGAUUGAUUCAUUGUCAAUGGUCAAUGUCAAUGUCAGAAAUUGCAAAUUUUCUGUAGUUUUAAUUUAAGAUUUUAAUCUAAUGUCAUUCAAAUUAUACACCAGGCUUCCUCAGAACAGGCCGUAACCAGUAACCACUGAAUGCCUCUACAUUUGGUAUGAAGUAUGGAUGUUUGUGAACUGAACCCUGUGAGUUUUCAGAGAAUGAAGUGAUGCUGAUCUUCUACUCCCAAGAAUGGGACUACUGAGUUUGUAAAGAAUUACCACACACCACCUGAUCUACGUCAGUCCUAUGCAAUAUGAUUAAGGGAGAACAGCCUGACUUUGUUUAGGAUAAUUAGAGAGGCUGUGGUCCCUAAUUAGUAGUUCCGGGGUAUUACAGUGACUGAUUCUUUUUAAACUUCCUUCAUUUGGAUGUAUCAUCAAUGUCAUAAAGUGUCAAGAACAUUUAUGAUAACAGAGCCUGUGCACACACACACACUAUGAAGAUUUACCGCUGUGUGCUAAUUAUAUAAGCUUUUGAAAGACAAA